AAAAAGAAAACACCAAAACCCAUUUUCAAGAGUUUUUCCAUCACCACAUAUUUUUCUUUGUGGGAACAAACUCAAGAUUUUACACACAUAAUUCUUUCAAAAUCAUAAAAUUUUGUCGCAUCACUCUAAUGUACUGUGUUUGACCCCUCUCUUCACUUCAACCCAAAAAAACUUAAAUAAUUUUAAAUUCUGGUUUGAUCCGAUAUCUCAGACCAGGAAAAAAUAAAGAAUGACAAAAGAAAUAAACUUGUUUUCAGUAUUCUUCUCAAUCUAUUUCCCAAUUAUCUUAUCGUUAAUUUCCAAAUCUACAAACGCACAAAUUAGCUUUGAUUGCUCGAACACAACUAUGUUCGCAAACAAUAGCCAAUACCAAACCAAUCUCAACACCGUUUUCCGUUAUCUCACCUCCAACGCCACCAACCCCAACGGCUACCAUCAAGCCGUUUCCCGUACCGGCAACGCCACCGUGUACGGCCACUUCCUCUGCCGCGGGGAUCAAAACACCACCUCAUGCCAAACCUGUAUUACCACCGCCACCACCACUGACCUCCCAACACAUUGUCCUAAUCGAAAAGUUGCUAUAAUAUGGUACGACAAUUGUAUGGUAAGGUAUUCAAACCAGUCAUUUUUCGGUCAAAGGGACUCGUCCCCUGUAGUGUCCUUGGUAAAUACGAAUAGUGUAACGGGUAAUACGACCCGAUUUAGUGAACUUUUGGGUGAUAUGAUGAACAACGAUAUUGCUGUUCGAGCUGCAAGUGGAGGGUCACAGAAGAAGUUUGCGACGGCUUUUGUAAAUUAUACAAUCUUCCAAACGUUAUAUGGGUUGGGACAAUGUACGCCGGACUUGAGCCCCAGUGAUUGUAACAGCUGUUUGGAGUUUGGUAUUGGGCAGUUCGGGGUGAAUCAGGGUGCUCAAUAUUUGCAGCCUAGCUUCGCUGUUCAUUACGAGAUGGUUCCGUUCUUUAAUUUAUCGUCCAUCGUCAGAGCCGCCCCACCACCUCAGCCGUUGCUUCCGCCGCCGCCUCGACAAUCUCCCGCCACUAAUUCUAAUCGUGGGAACAGAAUCUCAACGACUGUGAUUGUUGCCAUUGUCGUUCCUAUAGCAGUAUCUACUGUGGUUGCAUUACUUGUUAUAUGCAUUUGUUGCGCCAAAAACAAGAAAACAAAUAAUUAUGAAGUUGCUGAAACUGGUGAAGAUUUCACAACGGUCGAGUCCUUGCAAUAUGAUUUAGCAACGCUUCGGUCUGCAACAAAUAACUUCUCCAUCGAGAAUAAAUUGGGCGAAGGGGGAUUUGGUAUUGUCUAUAAGGGUACACUUUCAAAUGGGAAGAUGAUAGCAGUAAAGAAGUUGUCUAUAAACUCUAGUCAAGGACUACAAGAGUUCAAAAACGAGAUAUUAUUAGUAGCCAAACUUCAACACAGGAAUUUAGUAAGGCUAUUGGGAUUUUGUUUCAAGGGGAAAGAAUUGUUACUCGUAUAUGAGUAUGUGCCCAACAAGAGCCUUGACAAUUUUCUCUACGAUCCAGAAAGUCAAAGGUUACUUGACUGGGCUACUCGCUACAAAAUUAUACGAGGCAUAGCUCGAGGGAUGCUUUAUCUCCAUCACGAUUCUCAACUCAGAGUUAUACAUCGAGAUCUUAAAGCAAGUAAUGUCUUGUUGGAUGUCGAUAUGAAUGCUAAGAUUUCAGACUUUGGCAUGGCAAAGCUGUUUGUAAUGGAUCAAAGCCAAGGCAAUACAAGCAGGGUUGUUGGAACAUAUGGUUACAUGGCGCCCGAGUAUGCAAUGAACGGUCAAUUCUCUAACAAAUUGGAUGUUUAUAGUUUUGGAGUUUUAGUCUUGGAAAUUAUUAGUGGCCAAAGAAACAGUACAUUUUAUCAAUCAGGGGAAGCAGAGGACCUUUUAUGCUAUGCAUGGAAACAGUGGAGACAAGGGACGCCAUUUGAAAUCGUUGAUCCAACUAUAAGAGACUCAUGUUCAAUGGACGAAGUUAUGAGAUGCAUACAUAUAGGCUUGUUAUGUGUUCAAGAAUCGGCAGAUGAAAGACCAACUAUGGCAACAACAAUGCUCACAUUAGACAGCUACUCGGUUACUCUUCAGGUGCCUGAAGCUCCGGGUUUCUUCAUAAAGAGUAAAGCUUUGAAUGAGGUUGGUUCUAAUCAAUCAGCAUUUUGGUCGGUAAAUGACGUUUCAAUCACUGAACUAGGACCUAGGUAGAAAAAAUUUACAUGAAGAAAUGAUCCUCAAGGAAAUUAAUCGUUUUUCAAUGAAUCAUUAAUUUUGAUGCUACGACAUAGUAUUAUUUUGUUGUUCACAUGUACAUUUCAGUUUAUGUACCUGGAUGCACAACUGCAUUAAGAUGAAUCAAUGAAAAAUCUUGUCGUCUUAA